AUGGACGCUUACGGUGUCCGUCGCAAGGACACCACCAAGGGCCCGCCUUUGCGGGUGUUAUCACUAGAUGGAGGCGGAGUGCGAGGCUAUUCUAUGCUCAUCAUUGUGCAAGAGCUUAUGCACAGAGCCUUUGUCGAGGUCGAAGGUCGAGCCCCGCGACGUCAUGAGAUCCCGAAACCUUGCGACCACUUUGACCUCAUCGUCGGCACCGGAACAGGAGGUUUGAUUGCUUUGAUGCUUGGUCGACUACGACUAGAUUUGGAAACGUGUAAGGAAUUGUAUGUGCGCAUGACUCGGGUGGUUUUCGAGACAGACAAAACCAUUGCCGGCAUACCUUAUCGAUCGACCUUGUUCAAAGCUAGUAAGCUGGAAGAAGCGAUACAGCAGGCGGUUCAAGAACACACCAUCUACGAGAAAGAGGGAAACGAUGGGCAAGAGGCACCUGGCCUCGUCAGUCCUCUCAACGCAGCUCAGCACUCGAGCGCAGCUGGACCCCGGCGAAACCUCAGCAAUGCCAGCACCAUCAGCUUUAGCGCCCGCAGCCCAUCUGCGCAGAUGGCAUCACGACCAGCCUUCAACUCUAGAUAUGGAAACCCACAUGCAAGAUUAUACGAUGCGAGGGAAACGCGAACUAAGACUGCUGUAACCGCCAUCUACCAAGGAUCCCCACGAGGUGCACCACCAGCCAUGCUGCGCUCCUACGAUUCCCGCCGCGAACCCCCACCCGAGUUUGACUGCAAGAUUUGGCAAGCUGGGCGUGCGACCAGCGCAAUCGGCCUUGCAUUCAAGCCCAUGCGGAUUGGUCAGUCCAUCUUUCACGAUGACGGCGCCGGAACAUUUAACCCAGCCCCCGACGCUUUGGACGAAGCAGUAGUGAACGAGUGGCCGGGCAGGGAGAUUGGAGUGUUUGUCAGUGUCGGCACUGGUAAGCGGCCAAAGUCAAGCGACUCGAAUCAAAAUGUCUGGUAUGAAGGGUUUCUUGGGGAAUUUGCAGAAGCCCGAAGACGCCUGAUUGCUAAGAUUGAAGGGUGUGAGAAAAUCCACGAAUACAUGCUGAGGGAGCAUCUUGCGAAAAGGGGUGUCAAUGUCGAGAAUUACUACCGGUUGAAUGUCGAGGUUGGCGUCGGCGAGUUUGGAAUGAAUGAGUGGCACCGCUUGGGCGAUAUCAGUACGAGCACACGUCGAUACAUGGCUCGUGAAGCGGAGCAAAAGAUGAUUCACGGCAUCACAAGCAAACUAGCCAAGAUUCUCAAGGCCAAAAUCCGAUGGGAGCGGGCUCAGCUAGGGAUCCCUGAGCUGGUCAAGUCUACGUCGGCGACCAACUUUGAUAUGCCGCUUGCCGUCGAGCUGCCUGGAGAUGCACCAAUUGCUCCCCUGAGUCCCCCAAGCCGCUCGUCGUUUGAAUCUGGCCCUGAGAGUCUACAAGUUGGUUCCAACCAUCUAGGAUCCCCACGCAGCUCAUACGAUCGAAUCCGUCCAGGUACGGGAGCAGGUACGGGAAGCCCUCGACCCAUGUCAGAUGAUGCCGAUCGUCUUGUGGCCACCGCACCAUCACCAAACCAAUACCAAGGUAUCAUUUCAGAUUCAGACAAAAUUGCCAUCAUGAGCCCCGAUGAACAUCCCCGACCUCCACCAUCACAACAGUUCGCACCACCCCCUACACGCAUCGAGCCGCCGCCUCUGCCUCCGAAGACGCCCUUGCCAGACAGCAACCACCGACGUCAGACACACCAGCACACCUCUCGAUUAUCGUCUGCGUCUAUCCCCCCAUAUCCGGUUGAUGACGACGAGCCGCCGCCUCCGGUGAAUAUGGCUCGAAAACCUGAAUAUCGGGCUCAUUAA